AUCAACUUCCGGGUGACUCAUUUUCACGCACUUCACGAUCAUAACAAAACGCAUCCGUCUCCACUGAACAAGGCCUAGAUUAUAGAUUAAUUCCACGAGGACGUUAAAAGUAUAUAAUGGCUGAGUGCCAAAUGCCAACUCGACCCCAAGGUCGAGAAAGACCUCCCCGUCCGCCUCCACCAGGUGGCAUACUUGGUCAGGCGAAUUUUAGAAGCAUGCAGAAGUGUCACGAUAAGGCCUACGAGAACAUAGAGAAGGGCCUGUCUCUGGACGAGCAGGGUCAGAUAGACGCUGCAGUUAAGUCAUACGAGGAUGGGUUAAAAAACCUGUCACAAGCUCUGGACAUGGAUGCUGAGAAAGUUUGCGAAAAGGAUGAAGACAAAGAUACGGCGAAACAAAUGCAGCAGAAAAUGACAAAGACAAAGUUGCAGAUAACGUACAGGCUGCAAACACUUCAGGCUCAAAUAAUGUCCGAGGUGAAUAACCACACAAACGGUCACGCAUCAUUAGAGAGUGCAAUGGACAUUGAAUCCCCACCAUCAUAUGAACAAGCCAUGUCUAGGACAGAUUCAAACAUGAGUGAGGAGGCUUUUGUUUCUAUUGGUGACAGUAUCAUGAGUGACUCACAGAGUGGAUUGGACUCGUUAGAAUCAAAUGCUACUGAAAUAUUGUCAAUCUCUGAUGGUGUCCAGAUAUUUUACAUUUCUCCUGAAGGCUUUGUGAGUGCUCCUUCCUACCCCUCUGCUCUAAGAAUCGCAAAGUUUAACGAGAACUCUUUGAGUGAGGGAAGUAACAUACAGAGACCACCAGCCUUCCUUCAGGUCCACGACUGGUACUACCCCUUGGUGCCUGGGACCUCGCCUGCACUGAGGGCCACCAAUGGGGCCUACAUAUUCCCCGAUAUGUCCUCACAACAGCAAGGUGCAGCUGUGGGACUUAUUUUGCCUGAAAACAUUUCUGGUGAGGAGAGACAAAACUUUGAGAGAACACUUGGGUCAUUGACCUUACUCCAGGAGCAGCAGCCCAGCCCUGUCAGCCCCUCAGCCCCACCACUGGCAGCCACAGGGGACAGUAAGGCGGGAUGGUCAUCGGAGGCCACCGCAGGUGAAAGGGAUCAAACAAAGGGACCACAGGAGGGGGUUGUAGGGGGCAAAACUGAACAGGAGGAAACCAGAGCAAAGACAGCUUCUGGACAAGCAGGGGAGACAACUACAUCAGAGAAGAUUUCCAAAGGAAUAACAGUUGCUGCUGACUGGAUAUCUUGGGGAGUUGGAAAAGGUGCCGAGAAAACCAGUAAUUUGAUCAGGCUUGGAUCAGAAAAAGUUAGAGAAAGGCUGAAGCCAGAGGAAAAAGCUGCGGAGAUUGACCCUCGUUUACAGUCGGGUGCACGUUAUGCCAGGUCAGGGGCCAAUGUCGCUAUCAAAGUUAGCUCAUUUAUAAUAAACAAGCUAGGGGAGGCAACUGUGGCCGUUGCUAAGGAGGUGGCACCACAUAUCAGGAAACAGGGUCAGAAAAUUCUUCCUAAAUCUGUCACAGAAAAGUCUUCAGAUGGAAAAUCAAAGAUUGAUGAUGUCAUAGAUGUUGCUGCAACAGGAGUUAAAGGAUUUGGAACUGUUUAUAUCUCCCUUGAAUCAGCUGCAAAAGUGUUGGCUAGAAAUAUUGCUCAAGAAACCGUCCAUACUGUUGACCACAAAUAUGGACAGAGUGCCAGUAAGCUGACAGAGAAUACAUUGUACACGAUGGGAAAUGUGGCCAUGACAGCAUACAACGUGGACCAGCUCGGUAUCAAGGCCCUGGCCAAGCGGGCCGCCAAGGCGACAGGGAAGGAGGUCGUCAAGGACUUCUGCACGGCUCGAUCCAACAAAGGAAUGCCACAAUAAAAUACCCACCUUUUAUUUCAGAUCUGUGAUAGGAUUGUUGAAGGCCAGCUUUUCUAGUUCUUGUCGUCCAAUUUGUUUAUUAUGGCACAAGAAAUGUUGAUCGAUAUGAUGGACAAAAUUCAUUUGACUUAAAGGUCAACUCCAUGCUUUCAUGAUGUUUCUAAGCUUGGUUUAGAUAUUCCCUUAUUUCCAAAGCUUUUGUUAUUGGGAAAAUUCACUUAAUGAUAAAUCCUUGUUAACAUAUGAUUAUUUUAUGAAACUGAAGCCAGGCCCUCUAGGAUCAACUGUACACGUCAAGUUUAUAGGUACGUAACCGUACAUGUAUUGCAAAUGAUAAGCUCAACAAGAUGCUAUCACCUACCGGGGUAUGUAAUAAGAAUUUUAACAAAUUUUAGUAGGUGUUUGAGAAUUAACACUAUAUCAGGUAUAAAAAUGUUUUAUACUACAUGUAUUAUCAAAGUGAAUUCAUAAAGUUAAUUUAUUAUAAUACUAGAGACUAAUGAGCGAGUAUUCAGGACUUACGAGGUACCAACAGACCGAGUGAUAAGACUUUCCACUUGUUUGGUGUCAAACAUGUAACAUUGGUGACUUAUGUUCUAGACUGAUAAUCAGUUCCCCUGGUUGGUCUCUAUACCCAAUUAUUUGUUUAUACAUGUAUAUCCUGUAUGAUGAAAAAUAUAAUUUGUUGUGCCAUUUGAAAUUUAUCUAUGUAGAAAUGCCCUAAUAUAGUUAAUGAGUAGUUUUACAUCCAUGUCACUACAGAUUGGUUUGGUUAUCUAGCGGACACAUGAAUAUCUAAUAUUGCUAGGUAUUAAGACCUUAUUAUAAUUAUUAUCUGAUUUUGCUUGGUACAAGUACCUUAAUAUAUCUCAUAUCUGGUAUGACAAGGUACAAUACCCUAACACAUUUCAUAUCCGGUAUGACAAGAUACAAUACCCUAACACAUUUCAUCUCUGGUGUGACAAGGUACAAUACCCUAACACAUUUCAUAUCUGGCAUGACAAGGUACAAUACCCGAACACAUUUCAUAUCUCGUAUGACAAGGUACAAUACCCUAACACAUUUCAUAUUUGGUAUGACAAGGUACAAUACCCGAACACAUUACGUAUCUGAUAUGACAAGGUACAAUACCCUAACACAUUUCAUAUCUGGUAUGACAAGAUACAAUACCCUAACACAUUUCAUAUCUGGUGUGACAAGGUACAAUACCCUAACACAUUUCAUAUCUGGUAUGACAAGGUACAAUACCCUAACACAUAACAUAUCCGGUAUGACAAGGUACAAUACCCUAACACAUUUCAUAUCUGGUAUGACAAGGUACAAUACCCUAACACAUUUCGUAUCUGGUAUGACAAGGUACAAUACCCUAACACAUUUCAUAUCUGCUUGUUUAACAUCUGGUAUAACUAAGUCUGGACAUGUGUUUAAUUCUUUGUAUAAGAAAAACAUCUACAUAGUACCAGUUAUAUUGCUGUAUUACAGCGGACCUUACUUCUAUAUCGACAAUGAUAUAUGUUACAUGUUUAGUGUUAAAUUGAUGUUAAUGAAAUCAAAUACAAGGAUAAGGAUGAAAUCAAAUACAAGGAUAAGGAUGAAAUCAAAUCCAAGGAUAAGGAUUAAAUCAAAUACAAGGAUAAGGAUUAAAUCAAAUACAAGGAUAAGGAGGUUUAUUUGUUUAGAGAUUUAUCUCUUUACCGGUUUGUGUCGAUAUUGAUUGGCAUUAUUCUACUUAUAAGAACAGAUGUGUGAAAUAAACUAACGACGGGAUCCAGACCCACCAGGAAACAGUUAUGUUGCUAAUAUCACCUAUAUACAUGUGCAAUAAAACCUACAUUUUCAAUUAUUUAAAGGAUUUUUUAAAUUCUAUAAUAAUUUCCAGUUCCAUGAUAUUAUAUAUGUGUGUAUUAAUCAAAUACUUACUCUGUAAGGAGAUCCUAAUGACUUUAACAUGACAAGGUUGUACUGUAUAUAAUAUUGUAUUUAUUUAAGUCUGCCAAGACAACCCUAUUAUUACCCUGGGAAUUAUGGUAAAAAGCAUUUUCCCUUAAUGUAAUGCACUGUUGUGUUAUUGAGGCAUUACCAGGCAGUUGAAUGGUUAACAUGGUCUGCAGUCUUCAGGGAUUACAUAGUAAACACUCUGUACAUCUGUGUGGCGUGUCUGUGCGCUGUAAAAGUUACAUCAACAUCACAAUUAUACCUGUUAGAUGGUCAUCAGUGAAGGUCAAAGGUCAAACUUAUCAAUAUUCUGUGUAUAUCUUUGUUAGUUCCCAUCAUUUGUCUUUAUUAUUAGUUUAGCACUGCAUAUCAAAAACAUUUGAAUACCAAUCAUAAGUGUUGAUGUACAUUGAGGAAAUAAUUAUAAUUAAACUUAAAAUUAGAUUAUCAAUGUUGUUUGAAAAUAGAACAAAUCAUGGUGUAAAUUAUUUAUUCUUGUGCAUAGGAAAAGGUCCUGACAUAAAUAUAAAUGUAUUCUUAGUAAAUUAGCUGGACUUAGUACAUUGACUGGACUAAUUCAUUUGUUUCAUCAGAGCAUUGAAGUCCAUCCGUGUUCAGUGAUGUGAUAGUAUGUUGAUCCAGUUGCCUCCCCUUGUCUACAUCAGAACAGAAAAAUGAUUACCUAUAGUUCUAGAGAAUAGCAGCACACAAAGCGAUGGUUCUUACAUGUUACAAUCAUAAAAGUCUCACCAGAGACUUAAAUAUGGCUGUAUAUUAGAUUUAUAUUUAAGUUCUGUAUCCUGUCUGGUUAUCGAGUGUAAUCACCGGAAGACCACUGACUAUAGUACAGUACUGGUCUAAAAUUACUUCAGUACUGGGCUUAAAAACAUGUAGUACUGAUGAACAAUGUGUAGCACCAGUCUGAACAUCAUGCAGUAUUUAAUAGUUGUGACACCUUCUACACACAACUGUAUGUAAGUAAAAAGUCGUUUGUAUAAGGAUUACAUCAACUUUGAUAAGUACUUAAAACUUUGAUAUUACAAUAGUGCAUGGCUACUACCUAGUAUAUUAUUGUGGGACUGCUAGAAGUUACAUUCCACCUAAUAUUUACACAUGAAUGAUUGUAAAUUCCAUUUGUUCACAAAUAAACUUGAACACCGUUGACCAGAAACCUCAUUUUGUAGAGGGAAUCUCUUCAAAUUUAGUUUCUGCAUUUUAAUACCUAUGCGUUAUUUUUCUUCAUCCCGUUUUUAAUUGUUGCCUGGUAACAAACCCUUGUACCAAGUACUAUCUACACAUGUCAAGGUAAUACUCGAUCUAUGUUGUAAAUACAGUGUUGUGUUUGUGGUCAUAGCUCAUAUGGCAGAACAUAAAUGUCUAAACAUCAAUGUUUGGUUUAGUGGUCGGGCGCCAUGCUAUUUUCCUCUAUUUUGUCUAUUUAAAUCGUUGUCAGACAAAGGAUGUGACUGUUUAGUUGUCGAGAUUGUCUAUAACAUGUUUACUGUGAUAAAUAAAAUUAUUGUUGGC